AUGACGGCUGGCUGCACCGAGCUGUGGACAUUAAUGGAGACAUGCACAUCAUAGAGGAGCUGCAGCUGUUUGAUAAACUCCAGCCUGUAGAGAGCAUGGUGUUAUCCUCUACUCUGCGGAGCGUUUACGUCGGCUCGCAGUCCGGAGUCGUCCAGGUACCGAUGUCGUCCUGUCAGAGAUACACUUCCUGUUACGACUGUGUGUUCGCCAGAGAUCCCUUCUGUGCCUGGGAUGGGAAGGUGUGCGUCGAAAUAUCGUCACGUGCACAGAGGUCAAACCUCACCCAGGAUAUCAUGAGAGGAGUCAGAGGCUGUAAGGAGAAUUCAGGAAACGUGGUUCAUCGGAGGCGUUCUGUGAUGUCAGGUGAUGAUGUGCUACUCCAGUGCGAACUCCGCUCCAACCUGGCGACCCCACGCUGGACGCUAAACGGCAAAGAUCUCCAAGGAUACGGCCUCAGCUCGGGCUACCGCAUCGGCACAGACGGCCUCCUGAUAAUCGGGGCUCGUUCUCAACAGAGCGGGACGUACCGCUGCUUCGCCGUGGAGAACUCCGUCUCAGUGUUGGUUUAUCUUUACACCGUCAGAGUGCACACAGAUUCCUAUUUCCCCGUCGAGCCCACGGCCACGACUAACCCCACCACAGUUUCCAGCCCGACUGUUUUCUCCACCACCAGCAGCCCCACUGAGCAGCCUCUGCCCUCCCCUCCUGCCCCGAUGCCUCCGGGACCUGAAUUCCAGACGUUCAGACACAUGGAGGCCGUGUACAUCUCCCUGGUGGCGGUUCUCGGAGGGCUGUGCCUGGUGUUGACAGUGGUGCUGCUUUAUGUGAGCUUCUGCACCAGACAGGCCUCUCGGGACAGAAAGUUCUCCCAGCAGGGGCUGCAGGUCCUGGGGGAGUCUGAGAGAAAAAGAAGCUCCCAUUUCGAGCUUAAAACCAUCUCCAGCCACUGCAACGGCCGCCAGGGUCGUCGCUCCAUCUCAGUGCCGACGUUCACGGACUUGGGCGACGGCUUUCUGCAGAUAGUCCCAGGUGAGGGGCAGCUGUCUCCAGCCAGAACUCCUCCUCCAGCUCCUCCUCUUCCUAUGCCGCCUCCGCUGCCCAACAUGGACUACGCCAACGGGCUUUCGUCCACUCUGCCCAGCGUGCUGCGGAAGAUGAACGGGAACAGCUACGUGCUGCUAAGUCAGGCCGACGCCGAAGGCAUGUCGCCGCUCUACCACUCCUUCACAGAGGAGCUCAACAGGAUCCUGGAGAAGAGGAAACACACACAGCUGGACAUGCAGCCUGACGAGAGCUCCAUCUAGGACCCUUCCUCUCAGUCUUUUAUUGGUUAUUUAUUUAUUUCUACCCCAACGGUGACCCCCUGUAGUCGUGGGAAGAACUGUUGUAUCAAACGCUGCUGUUAUUUACCCAGUGUCAGAGUAUCUGCAGGUCAAGUCCCGAAGCCCUCAUGUGACAAACGGCCCAGAUGGACAAAACUAACCAGAGAUCACUAUUCUCAAAGUGGAGCUGUGAAAACUUCGGCCAUGGACUACACUAUAACAUUUUCUUUUUUCAAAAUCACUCUGAAUGGAGAGCUCAAUAAUGUUACCUCAGUGUAGAUACUCUGGAGGCCAGUGAAGGAUGGUGAGCAGAGAAAAGGAUAAGGGACAUGGGUACAAAGAAUAAAAUCAGGCUGAACAACGUCCAGGAGGCAAUUUUUUAAGACUGUGGAGGAGUUAAGAAAGUGUAAAAUUAGCCCUACGUGGAGCCAAAAUCAUUUUUUUUGCAUUAUUACACCACAUAGAGUUAGGUUACUGCAGGAAAUAAGAACACAUGGCCCCUAUGUGUUGGACUUUUGAUGUGCAGAUGUUCCUAUUUGUCCCUCGUGAGCGGAUUUGACUCAUCCAUUUUUGCAGGACUGUACUCUGCAUCACCAACUGCCAUCCAUUAAAUCCUCCGACAGGGCUGAUGGUAAUAGUAGCGGAUCCACCUGAUAUGCGUCCUCUUGCAUUUGGCAUCCCGCUCUUCAAGACAUUUUAAGGAUUUUUAUGAGCAAAAAAGGAUUGAUGGCAACAUUUCCAAAUAGUCAGAAACAAUUCAUCUCUUCAUAUACAUCAUCUUGGCACAUCUCAACUUCAAUAAAGAGACACACCCCCCCCCCCCCCCCCAGCUCCUCACUCAUAUGUGCUGCCCCCUCCAGUCUCUUCCUAAACAUGCACUUAUCUAUCAAACUAAAGGACUACUAAAAGACUUGUCAUAACAAGCUCAAAAGGAAGCGAUGUGGACGGACUGAGCUGAGAGGAAUCGUAAAUGUAAAAGUGAUGUUUUGAAUCACUUUUUUUUCUACAGGAAAACGUGAAUCCUGCAAACUGGAAUCCAUUAUAUUGCUGCUACUAAUUUAACAAUUACAUUCUUGAUUAAUCGUUUAGUCUAAAUGUCAUAAAAGUAGUUAAAAAUGCAGAUCAUAAUUUCUCAAAGUCGUGAUUCAAUUUCUGAUUAUACUGAAACAGAAAAAGCUAAAUUCUCACAACCUCA